GCCUGGGCCGGUGCUUGUCAGUGCGGCGGGGACUGCGGAGUCCGGCGGCGGCCGCGGCCGAGGACCCGGAAACCUGCCCGAGAUGAUGCCGAUGAUAUUAACGGUAUUCCUGAGCAAUAAUGAACAGAUUUUAACAGAAGUUCCAAUCACUCCUGAAACAACAUGUCGAGAUGUUGUGGAAUUUUGCAAAGAACCUGGAGAAGGAAGCUGCCAUUUGGCAGAGGUUUGGCGGGGAAAUGAACGUCCUAUCCCCUUUGAUCAUAUGAUGUAUGAACAUCUACAAAAGUGGGGGCCCCGAAGAGAAGAAGUGAAAUUUUUCCUUCGUCAUGAGGAUUCCCCAACUGAGAGCAGUGAACAAGGUGGCCGUCAGAUCCAGGAUCAAAGAAAUCAAAGAAAUGGAAUAAGUACAUCUGCUGAGAAACAUUCUGAAAAUGGGGUGGGGAAUCCGCGGGUUGAACUUACGCUUUCAGAACUCCAGGAUAUGGCUGCUCGGCAGCAGCAGCAAAUCGAAAAUCAGCAACAAAUGUUGGUUGCCAAGGAGCAGCGCUUGCACUUUCUAAAACAACAGGAACGUCGCCAGCAGCAGUCUGUUUCCGAAAAUGAAAAGCUCCAGAAACUUAAAGAAAGAGUGGAGGCCCAAGAGAAUAAGCUGAAGAAGAUCCGUGCCAUGAGAGGCCAGGUGGACUAUAGCAAAGUUGUGAAUGGCAACCUGUCUGCUGAAAUUGAAAGGUUCAGCGCCAUGUUCCAGGAAAAGAAGCAGGAGGUACAGACUGCAAUUCUAAGAGUGGAUCAGCUCAGUCAACAGCUGGAGGAUUUAAAGAAAGGGAAACUUAAUGGAUUCCAGUCGUAUAAUGGCAGAUUGAGUGGACCUGCUGCAGUGGAGUUGAAAAGAUUAUACCAAGAGCUUCAGAUUCGGAAUCAGCUUAAUCAAGAACAGAAUUCCAAACUCCAGCAGCAGAAGGAACUUUUAAAUAAACGUAAUAUGGAGGUUGCUAUGAUGGACAAACGAAUCAAUGAACUUCGUGAGCGUCUUUAUGGGAAAAAAAUUCAGGCACGUCAAAAAGAAAACAUUCCUUUAAAUCGAGUUAAUGGAACAUCGUCACCACAGUCCUCCUUGAGUGCAUCUGGCAGAAUAGCAGCAGUGGGGCCUUACAUACAAGUCCCUACUGCUGGGAAUUAUUCCGUACCAGGUGACCCGGUAAAGCCACAGUCUCUCACUAUUGCUUCAAAUGCAGGUCAUGGAAGAUCUAAGUCUGCUAAUGAUGGAAACUGGUCAGCAUCAAAACAAAACUCCAGCACUUCAGUAAAACCAAUUCAGACGGCUAAUGUGGAAUGGAAGGAAUCAAACAUGGAUGGGGCUUUCAAGCAAGUAACAAUAUCAAGCCAGCCUCUCCCCUUGUCAGCUUUAGCAGGCACUGAAAAGCUGGGCAUUGAUAUUGGGAAAGCCCCACCCCCCAUUCCGGGUACAAGUAAACAGUUACCUCCGAACUAUGGAACAUACCCAAGCCCAGUUACUUUGGGUCCAGGCUCCACCAGUUCUUUGGAACGGAGGAAGGAUGGCAGCCUCCCCAGAUCUGGCACAGGCGUAACGAAUCGGCAGAAGUCUGCUCCCCUACCCUCUUCAAGCAACAUACACCAGCCUAGCUCUUCGCAGCAGAUUCAGCAGAGGAUUUCUGUACCUCCGAGUCCUACGUAUCAGCCGUCCGGUCCUCCGUUAUUUCCAUCUGGAGACGGCAGGCCUGAUCUCCCAUUAACUGUGGCUAUUAGACCGUUCUUGGCUGACAAAGGGUCAAGGCCUCAGUCUCCCAGAAAAGGGCCUCAGACAGUGAACUCAAGUUCCAUUUAUUCCAUGUAUCUUCAGCAAGCUGCACCUCCUAAGAAUUACCAGCAGGCUGUGUAUAAUACUCUGAAUAAGUCCGUUAAAGCAGUUUAUGGGAAGCCCGUCUUACCAUCUGGCUCCACUUCUCCUUCACCAUUGCCGUUUCUUUACGGGCCUUCGUCCUCAAACACGUCGCAGCCACAGCCUCCUUCUGAACUUACUGAGAAAGAUCAGGAGCAAGAGAAUAUCCCACCAUCUGGUGAAAACAGUAACGUGGAAAACAUCCCUCGGCCCCUCAGUCCCACUAAACUCACCCCCAUUGUCCACUCACCUCUUCGAUAUCAGAGUGAUGCGGAUCUGGAAGCUCUGAGAAGGAAACUGGCCAAUGCCCCUAGACCCUUAAAAAAACGCAGUUCCAUCACAGAGCCAGAAGGUCCUAGUGGACCAAAUAUCCAGAAAUUGCUAUAUCAGCGCUUCAACACCCUUGCUGGUGGGAUGGAAAGUGCACCUUUCUAUCAGCCAAGCAACUCCCAGGACUUCAUAGGCACCUUAGCAGAUGUUGAUAAUGGGAAUGCGAAUACCAAUGGAAAUCUAGAAGAACCUGUGCCCACGCAGCCUACAGUUCUUCCACCUGAAGAACCUCCGCCAUCAUCUGAUGCCAAUGAUAACGAGUUACCAUCCCCUGAAACUGAGGGACUGAUUAGCACCGAAACCACCAGCCAAGGCCCCGAGACCACGGAAGAUAACAACAACAACGUGGCUGUGUUCCCAGCUAGUGAGCCGGCGCCCCGCCCCACUGUGGAGGUCAGUUCUCCGAGAGAAGAGGAGGCCCCAGCUUCACCAGCUCCCUCCCCUGCUGGUCUUCCCCCUGCCUCGACAACGACUCUGAUUAAACGCACAAACCUGAAGAAACCAAAUUCUGAACGGACUGGUCAUGGACUGAGAGUAAAGUUUAAUCCUUUGGCUUUGCUCUUGGAUGCAUCUUUAGAAGGGGAAUUUGACCUGGUGCAAAGGAUAAUCUAUGAGGUGGAAGAUCCCAGCAAGCCUAAUGAUGAAGGCAUCACUCCUUUACACAAUGCAGUGUGCGCCGGCCACCACCACAUUGUGAAGUUUCUGCUUGAUUUUGGUGUUAAUGUGAAUGCAGCUGACAGUGAUGGAUGGACACCUCUACAUUGUGCAGCUUCAUGCAACAGUGUCCACCUCUGCAAACAACUGGUAGAAAGCGGAGCAGCAAUUUUUGCUUCAACUAUUAGUGACAUCGAAACUGCAGCUGACAAGUGUGAAGAGAUGGAAGAAGGCUAUAUUCAGUGCUCCCAGUUUUUGUAUGGUGUCCAGGAAAAGCUGGGUGUGAUGAACAAAGGAGUGGUAUAUGCUCUUUGGGAUUAUGAAGCUCAGAACAGCGAUGAGCUGUCAUUCCACGAAGGGGAUGCCAUUACUAUCUUGAGGCGUAAAGAUGACAAUGAAACAGAAUGGUGGUGGGCUCGCCUUGGGGAAAGAGAAGGUUAUGUGCCUAAAAACCUACUGGGGUUAUAUCCACGUAUCAAACCUAGACAGCGAACCUUAGCUUGAACCUAUGGAGCAGUGCAGUUUUGCCAUUACCAGAAGUCACUGAAGACCUAUCCUACCAAGAGAAUGGAAGCUGAAGAACUCUCAUUUUAAUGGUGCUCUCAUUAGCAGAAGAAGCAUCUGCAGUUUGUAAGUGAGGCCCUUCCUUCUAAUCUGCCAGCAUCCAUGCAUGGUACCUAUAUGUCCAUGAAUUCUGUAUUUUGCCAGUUACACCAAGUCAAAAUAAACAAAAGGUCUUCAAAGCAAUCACCCCUAUUGCCAAUCCCAUAAACUAGUUGUUAGUUGCCAAAAACUAAUUCAAAUAUAUGUAAAGAAUUUCUUACAUCGUAAAGUGUUACAGAAUUAUCAGGUGAUAGUCAUCAUCCAGAGUUGAGAAAAGGCAUUUGUGCACCCUAGGCAUGGUUGGAAGAUUGCCCGAGGGGCUUAAGGCUAACACAUUUGGCUUUUAUUUAUAACAAUUGAUUCCUUCAAGCCAUUGAGAAUAGAGUUUUCUGGCAUUCAAAGUGUGGUUAUGAAGUAAUCAAAGUUCCCUAUAGCUUCAUGUGUUGUGCUCUCAACCCCUAGUUAGUCCACAUUUUGCUUAAUUCUAAUGCCAGUAAAUUUUUUAAAAUGGUUAUUAUGCAUUCUUUCCCUUUUAGCUACUUAAGACAGAUUCCUGCAAACUAUAUCACGAUUGCCAAGUCACAGGCUCUCUGUUGUAGCACCUCUUUUCUUGUGUUUCCCUUUUCCCUCCCCACUACUCCAUCUUCUCUUUAUUUACCAAAGGAUCUCUUAUGGGAAUUUGUCAGUGUUAAUUACAAAAUACAGAUGUUCUGUCUUAGAUCUAGAUUUUGAUAUCCUGUUUUCCAUUUUGUUGUGGAUCUGCCAGAGACUGUGAUUUACUUCCACUGUUGAUUUAUUUAAGUGUUUGUAUUUCUUUGAGACCUCUGGUAUCAAGGAGCUUUAAAAAAAAGUUUAAAUGAAUGGUUUUAUUUAUUUGAAGAGCCUAACCUAAAUAGGUUCCCUCACUUCCUGGGUUGACCAAGUUUGUUUAUAAAAUCUUCACUGAUAUGUGUUUUUUAAUACUAAUAGCUUAAAUUUGUUCUGAAUCAGAAAGCAGUCAGUAACACUGGAGCUAGAGUAAAAUUAAGUCAAGGUUUAAAGAUAUGUCCAAGUAGAUGGAAAUAAAAUAGUUGAGCAGAGUCAGAGCUUGUGUAAGUGACUAAGGGAUGCAGUGCUAGCAGCUGAAGGACUGAACUAACACUGAGAACAUUAUUCAGUGGUAGAGUUGUGGUUAAAAAAAAAUGAAUCUAUGAAAUGGAAAUUCUAAACAAGGGUAAAAGACAGGUGUAUUGAGCCAGGAGGAGGACAGUUGCUAUGGUUCUCAACAGUUCUACACCUAAUUCUGGGCCAGUUAUGCAAUAAUGUUGUCUGAAAUUUUGUAGGUAAGAGGAAACUAAAGCACUUCACUUGGAGUUUGAACUAUAUGUAUAUGCUUUUAUAUACCAAAAGUAUUUUUUUUUUUAAAUUUUAUCUUUGAGUUGUAGCUAUGUUGGAAAUAUGUUUCUCAUUAAAGUGUAGGAUUUUUUCCAUGUAUAAGUCUUGUGUAUAAUUUAUAUAUGUAUAUCUAUAUAUAUAUAUAUAUCUAUAUGAAAACAAUUGAUGCAGUGCUGUAACUGACUACAUUUUAGCAUUACCUGUAUAUAUAUAUAUGUAUAUAUUUAUAUUGUGGUGAUGGAAUGUAAAAGGAUAUUGUUGGGAAAAAAAACUUACUAUAUGAAUGUGACAAAAUCACAAUUUCUAAGAGCCUUGAUAAUGCUAAUUCUAAUGUAAAUGUGCACAAAUAAACUAUGGUUAU